AUGGCUACCUCGUUUAUCUCUAAACGCCUUCGCUCAACCGAGGAAGAGCGCGAAACCCAACCUAGCUGGAUUCGGCGUCAGAUCGUGACAGGCCUUCAGUUUAUCUCUCGUCGUGCCUGUGUGCACCCCAUCCACACCCUCGUCGUGAUUGCCAUCCUUGCUAGUACUACCUAUGUGGGUCUUCUCGAGGGCAGUCUGCUGGAUACCAGCAAGGACCCCCGAAGUGUCGCAGGACAAGUCGACACCGAUGCCCUUCUCCAGGGUAGUCGUAACCUCCGCCUCGGAGAGUCAACUUCGUGGAAGUGGCAGGUGGAAGACGCCUGGACUGACUCCCAGACCGAGAAGCCUACUGCUCAGCACCUGGCGCUGACAACCCUUAUUUUCCCCGAUUCCACCUCUAACUCUGCUUCAACUGCUCCCCAAGUUGAUGAUGUCCCAAUCCCUGGCAAUGUCUCCGCUAGCUUGGUGCCCUACACCCCGAAUCUCUUUUCGCAAUUCACCAAUGACGCUUCCCUAGCCUAUACCGUUCCCUUUGACCAAGUCUCGGAACUUUUGAAGGCUGUGCAGGAGAUCCCCAACCCGUCCACAGACGAGGACGAGGAGGAAUCCAAGAAGUGGAUCAUGAGAGCUGCUCGCGGCCCGGCCUACGGAUCCCGCAGAGCCGUGAAACUCUGGAUUGCCGAUGCAUGGAAUUCCUUCGUUGAUUUGAUCAAGCACGCAGAAACCAUUGACAUUGUCAUCAUGGCUCUGGGCUACAUCUCGAUGCACCUGAGCUUCGUAUCUCUUUUCUUCUCGAUGCGAAGACUGGGCUCCAACUUUUGGCUCGCGGCUACUGUGCUUCUGUCUGGCUCCUUUGCCUUCCUUUUCGGUUUGCACGUGACCACUAGACUCGGUGUGCCUAUCAACCUGCUCUUGCUCUCCGAAGGUCUCCCAUUCCUGGUUGUGACCAUUGGCUUUGAGAAGCCAAUCAUGUUCACUCGGGCCGUUCUCAAGGCUUCUGUGGAUAAUCGACGAGCCCGUCCCGGUGCUGCCCCCCGUCCUCUGGCCUCGAGCACCCCGAGAUCCAUCCAGGAGUCCAUUGCAGCUGCUAUCAAGGAUCAAGGCUUCGAGAUCGUCCAGCACUACUGCAUUGAGAUUGGCUUGUUGGCCUUGGGUGCGGCCUCUGGCGUUCAAGGUGGACUCCAGCAGUUCUGCUUCCUCGCAGCAUUGAUCUUGUUCUUUGAUUGCGUGCUUCUCUUCACUUUCUACACCACCAUUCUCUGCAUCAAGCUUGAGAUCACUCGGAUCAAGCGUCACGUGGCGCUGCGCAAGGCUUUGGAGGAGGAUGGUAUUACCCACAGUGUCGCUGAGAAUGUCGCAUCCAGCAAUGACUGGCCAAGUGCCGGAUCUGGCAGCAAUGAGGCAGACACAAGCAUCUUUGGACGUAAGAUCAAGUCCAGCAAUGUUCGCCGUUUCAAGAUUCUGAUGGUUGGUGGUCUGAUCUUGGUCAAUGUCGUGAACAUGUCAGCCAUUCCUUUCCGCAACACCGGCAACGGUGGUUUGCUCUCUCGUUUCUCUAGUGUCCUGUCUCCUACCCCAAUUGAUCCUUUCAAGGUGGCAGAGAAUGGCCUGGAUGCUGUCUAUGUUGCUGCCAAGAGCCAGAAGCAGGAGACGAUUGUUACCAUUCUUUCGCCGAUCAAGUACAAGCUGGAGUACCCUUCCAUUCACUAUGCAGCCCCUACCGACUCUGGCUCGUUUGAAAUCGAGUAUACCGAUCAGUUCUUGGAUGCUGUUGGUGGCAAGGUUCUCGAAAGUCUGCUCAAGAGUGUGGAGGAUCCUAUCAUCAGCAAGUGGAUUAUCGCCGCUCUGACUCUCAGCAUCAUUCUCAAUGGCUAUCUUUUCAAUGCUGCCCGUUGGAGCAUCAAGGAUCCGGAGGCCGCCCCCGCUCCUUUCGUGGAGCCCGAGGCACCAAAGGUUUAUCCCAAAUUCGAACCCAAUGAGCAAACGUCAAACCGUACCCCAGAGGAAUGCGAGGCACUGCUCAAGCAAAAGCGCGCCCCCAUGCUUACUGAUGAGGAGCUAGUUGAUCUUUCUCUCCGAGGAAAGCUUCCUGGUUAUGCACUCGAGAAGUCCAUGGAGGAUGAGAAUCUGAUGAGCCGUGUUGAUGCCUUUACUCGUGCUGUGAAGAUCCGCAGAUCUGUGGUCUCCCGGACUCCUGCUACCUCUGCCAUCACGUCCAUUUUGGAAUCAUCCAAGCUCCCCUACAAGGGUUACAACUACGGUCUGGUCCACGGUGCUUGCUGUGAAAACGUUAUUGGUUACUUGCCCCUUCCUCUCGGUGUUGCUGGUCCCAUCAAUAUCGAUGGUCAAAAUUACUUCAUUCCUAUGGCCACUACCGAGGGUGUCUUGGUUGCUAGCACGAGUCGUGGCUCCAAGGCCAUCAAUGCCGGUGGCGGUGCCGUGACUGUCUUGACUGGUGAUGGUAUGACCCGUGGUCCUUGUGUGACUUUCCCGACCCUGGCUCGGGCUGCCGCUGCCAAGGUCUGGAUUGAUUCCGAGGAAGGUCGGAGUAUCAUCACUGCCGCUUUCAACUCGACCAGUCGCUUUGCUCGUCUCCAGAGUCUUAAGACUGCCCUUGCCGGAACUUACUUGUACAUUCGCUUCAAGACCACUACUGGUGAUGCUAUGGGUAUGAACAUGAUCUCCAAGGGUUGUGAGAAGGCUCUGGAUGUCAUGUCUAAGGACUGUGGCUUCGAUGACAUGUCUAUCAUUUCGCUCUCUGGCAACUUCUGCACUGACAAGAAGUCUGCUGCAAUCAACUGGACCGAUGGACGUGGUAAGUCCGUUGUGGCAGAGGCUAUCAUUCCUGGCGAUAUUGUCAAGAGUGUUCUUAAGAGCGACGUCAAUGCGCUCGUUGAGCUGAACGUUAGCAAGAACUUGAUUGGAAGUGCAAUGGCAGGCAGCUUAGGUGGAUUCAACGCCCAUGCCUCUAACAUUGUGUCUGCUAUUUUCCUCGCUACGGGUCAGGAUCCUGCCCAAAACGUGGAGAGCAGCAGUUGUAUUACAACCAUGAAGAACAACAACGGCAACCUCCAAAUCGCUGUAUCAAUGCCUUCUAUUGAAGUCGGUACUAUCGGUGGUGGUACCAUCCUUGAGGCCCAAGGAGCCAUGCUGGACCUUCUGGGUGUCCGCGGCGCUCACGCAACCUCCCCCGGUGAGAACGCACGCCAACUGUCUCGUAUCAUUGCUGCCUCCGUUCUCGCCGGUGAGCUCAGCCUGUGCGCUGCGCUCGCCGCCGGUCAUCUCGUCAAGGCCCACAUGGCCCACAACCGUAGCGCGGCCCCCACGCGGUCCUCGACCCCGGUGUCUUCUGCCGUCGGCGCCGCUCGCGGCCUUUCCAUGACCUCCAAAUAA